UUGACAGUCGCGUGAUUUAGUACGCUGUCAUUUUUCGUUACUUUUCUUCGAGUUUUGAUCAUGRUAAUGGCAAUGCAUGGUCUACUCAGUAAAAGUACCGUUUAAAACGACAUAUAUAUGGCUUUUGAAACGUUUUUGAACGCCGUUUUUAAAGGGAAAGCGACGAUAUUAAGGAAAACCACAAGCCAUUAUUUGAYCGAUGGCUCUUGUAGCCAGAAAAAAAUACUUCUUCACAUUAAUGGCUGUCCUGUCAGCUUUACUCCUUGUGGCCAAUCUUUUUUCAACCAAGAAAUUUKCCAGUCGACGAUUACGUCCAAAAGAUGACAAAAACUUGACGAUUUUUGCUUUGGGAGAUAUYGGUGGUAUUGGAUGGAAACCGUACUCAACAAGAACGCAAAGGCAGGUGGCUGAAACAAUGGCCAAGGAAGCAGAGCGUUAUGAUGUAUCUAUUAUCAUUGGUCUCGGGGAUAAUUUCUAUCCCCACGGAGUUAAGAGCGCUGAUGAUCCGCGCUUUGAAACAACAUUUGAAAAUGUUUACUCUGCACCCGUACUAAUGAGAGCCAAGUGGCUGAUGGUCGCAGGUAACCAUGACUACGAAGGAAACAUCGCAGCUCAGCUUGAAUACAGUAAAAAAUCCCCUCGAUGGUACUUUCCCUCUCUUUACUAUACUAAAGUGUACAGAAUUUCGUCAAAUGCGGUUCUUCAAAUAGUUGUCGUGGAUACAAAGCUGCUCUGUUCAGAUUCGUCAACAAAACGAAAAUAUCGAAGCAAAAUACCAUCUCAACAGGAACAUCGAAAAUGGGUGAAAAAGACCCUGCGUAUUUCAACGGCAGAGUAUCUAAUAGUUGCUGGUCAUAAUCCUAUCUAUUCUGUUGGUAUUCAUGGAGGUUCGUCAUGUCUYCUAUCAUUUUUAAAACCACUUCUGGACAAAUAUGACGUCACCGCCUACGUCAGUGGUCAUGAUCACAAUUUCCAGCAUAUAAAAGAAGAUGAUAAAACGGUCAACUACUUUAUAAGUGGUAAUGGAAACUAUCAUGAUAUGGGAAAUCCUGAAAAAAUACGCUUAUUUAGAAAAUAUCUUAAGAUUAUUUAUGGUUCAACUGGUGGAUUUACAAUGUUCAGUGCUAGUUCUUUAUCUCUACGAGUAACACACGUUAACAAGAAAGGAAAGUCAAUUUAUACAACUGAUMUCAUGCCAAGACGAACUCUGAAUUCGUAGCCAACUAGUCUAUAUAUUAUUAUUUAUAGUUUCAAGUGUUUUUUUAUAAAAAUCAAACUACAGAAGCAAGAGUUUUCUUCUUUCUAAAAGCUGGCAAUGUUCUUAUUGUUGUCGUGACGGCUGCUGUUCAUGUUGUUGCAUUUAUUGUUAUAACUGAGUCGUUGAAGGAACCCUCCGGUAGCUGAUCGUUGUUGUCCAUUGAUAAACUAGUGCUAUUCAAUACAGA